GACGUGCGCAUGGAAGGAAGCGCUGUGGGCUGCAUUACAAUGAUCUGAUCUCUUUCUGUUCUGCAAGAAUGAUAUCGGACAACCACAAUCUAACGUUACAUUUGUGAAGAUAUCAAAGCAUUCGAAUAAAAUGUUUUAGCGUCAACUAAUAGACCAAAGAGCGGUUAUGAUGUGUAACAGUAGUCACGGCACCCAGCUAUACCUGGAGGUGGCGUCGUCAUGUCUGCCUAUCGUCUACUCUCCAGUAUACAACAUCACCUUCAUGGGCCUUGAGAAACUACACCCCUUCGACAGUGGGAAGUGGGGCAAAGUCAUCCACUUCCUAAAAGAGGAGAAGUUGAUCAGUGAUGGGAGCAUCGUUGAGGCACGGGAGGCUACAGAGGAAGACCUGCUGGUGGUUCACACCAAACGCUACCUCAACAGACUCAAGUGGUCCCUGAUUGUAGCGACCAUCACAGAGAUCCCUCCCCUCCUAUGCCUACCUAACUUCCUGGUUCAGAGACGGGUCCUGAGACCACUCAGAAUGCAGACCGGAGGCACCAUCAUGGCAGGGAAACUGGCUGUAGACCGAGGCUGGGCCAUCAAUGUAGGUGGAGGUUUCCAUCAUUGCUCCAGUGACAAAGGAGGAGGAUUCUGUGCCUAUGCCGACAUCACCUUAGCUAUCAAGUUUCUGUUUGAGAGGGUGGAGGGAAUCUCCAGAGCCACCAUCAUAGAUCUGGAUGCACACCAGGGGAACGGUCAUGAGCGUGACUUCCUGGAUGACAGACGUGUUUUCAUCAUGGACGUCUACAACCGACACAUCUACCCUGGAGACGGAUACGCAAAGAGAGCCAUAAAGCGUAAGGUGGAGCUGGACUGGGGGACGGAGGAUGAUGAGUACCUCCAGAAGGUAGAGCUCCACUCGGAGGGUGCUCUCAAUGAGGUCCGGCCUGACAUCAUAGUAUACAACGCCGGUACAGACAUCCUAGACGGAGACCCCCUGGGAGGGCUGGCUAUCUCACCACAGGGCAUCAUAAAGAGGGAUGAAAUAGUGUUCCGGGCAGCACGAAGGAGAGGGAUUCCCAUCCUGAUGGUGACAUCUGGUGGAUACCAGAAGAAGACUGCUCGCAUCAUCGCUGACUCCAUCAUCAACCUGCGACGCCAGGGCCUGAUUGGAGGGAAUGAGGAUGGGGAGGUGGCAGAAGAGUGUGUGGGCGGAGUCCCCCUCGUGAUGAGCAGCUCUGACUCCUCCCCUUCCUCUGUGUCGACAGGACCAGCCCCCAACACCAUUUGACUGUAACUGAACAUGAGUUGGAUCUUAGGGUCCAGAGCUUCUCCUGGAACCGUAGGACACGGGAGGAAAAAUGUUAUGCUCGGGAAUAGAGUGCCUUUUCAGACUUCCCCACGAUCUUACUGAUGCCCAAGGUGACUGUGGCAGGGGUCGGUAAUGGUACAAGGUUGGUCGGGUAGCCUAGUGGUUAAGAGUGUUUGGCGAGUAAUUUGAAUCCCUGAGCCAGCUAGGUGAAAAAUCUACCGAUGUGCCCUUGAGCAAAGCACUUAACACUAGUUGCUCCUGUAAGUCUAUGGUUAACAGUGUCUGCUAAAUUACUAAAAUGUAAAUGUCUGAGACAUUCUGUAGUGCUACAGGGUUGGUCUGAGACAUUCUGUAGUGGUACAGGGUUGGUCUGAGACAUUCUAUAGUGGUACAGGGUUGGUCUGAGACAUUCUGUAGUGGUUCGGGGUUGGUCUGAGACAUUCUGUAGUGCUACAGGGUUGGUCUGAGACAUUCUGUAGUGGUACAGGGUUGGUCUGAGACAUUCUGUAGUGGUACAGGGUUGGUCUGAGACAUUCUGUAGUGGUUCGGGGUUGGUCUGAGACAUUCUGUAGUGCUACAGGGUUGGUCUGAGACAUUCUGUAGUGCUACAGGGUUGGUCUGAGACAUUCUGUAGUGCUACGGGGUUGGUCUGAGACAUUCUGUAGUGCUACGGGGUUGGUCUGAGACAUUCUGUAGUGCUACGGGGUUGGUCUGAGACAUUCUGUAGUGCUACGGGGUUGGACUGAGACAUUCUGUAGUGCUACGGGGUUGGACUGAGACAUUCUGUAGUGCUACGGGGUUGGACUGAGACAUUCUGUAGUGCUACGGGGUUGGACUGAGACAUUCUGUAGUGCUACGGGGUUGGACUGAGACAUUCUGUAGUGCUACGGGGUUGGACUGAGACAUUCUGUAGUGCUACGGGGUUGGACUGAGACAUUCUGUAGUGCUACGGGGUUGGACUGAGACAUU